AUGACUUUUGAAUAUUCUCAGGAACUUGCUAAUGAUUAUGAAAAAUUAUUUGAAACUGAUGAAGGAUAUGAUGUUAUUAUUCACGCCGGUGACAAUGAAAAUGUAAAAGAAAUACAUGCGUUUUCAAAUAUUUUACGUAUUAGGUCUCAAUAUUUUCGUACGGUACUUUCUGAUGAAUUGACCAAGAAAAAAGAUGGAAAAUUUAUUUUUAAUUUCCCUAAUAUUACUCCUCAAUUUUUUGAAAUUAUUUUAAGGUUUAUUUAUUGUGGAAAGAUAGAUUUGACAAAAUUACAAGGACUAGAUAUUCUAAAGCUUUUACCGGCAGUGGAUGAACUUAAAAUCCAAAGACUAAUAAUUUGUAUUCAAGAAUAUUUGAUCAAACAUCAUCAUGAAUUUUUACAAAAUAAUCCUGUAGAAAUUCUUGAAACAGUUUACCAACGUGAAACUUUCACUGAUUUAUGGAAUUAUUAUCUUGAAAAAAUUUGUGACAAACCAGAUGUGUUAUUUAAAUCUGAUAAAUUUAUCAAUUUAAAUGCAACUUUAUUAGAAUUACUUUUAAAACGAAAUGAUUUGUCAUUGGAUGAAAUUGAUAUAUGGGAUAACUUGAUCAAGUGGUGCUUUUCUCAACAAUCUACUAUUCAACAAGACGUUAAUAAAUGGAAUAAAGAAGAAAUUACAAUCAUGGAGAGAACUAUUUAUAGAUUUAUUCCGUUGAUAAGAUUUUAUCAUAUACCUUCAGCAGAUUUUGUUACUAAAGUAUAUCCUUAUAAAGAAAUAUUACCAAAGGAUUUAAUUAAUAAUAUACUUGUAUUUCAUAUGGCUCCAUAUGAGCAAUUAAAUGUUGAUAUUCAAUUUCCUAGGAAACAACAAUGUGUUUAUGAUUCUGUCAUCAUCUAUAACAACCAUUUUGCUAUUUUUUCUGGUUGGAUUGAAAAGAAAAUUCAGUUUUAUCAUGAUUUAAAGAAUAUUCCUUAUAAUUUCAAUUUACUUUAUCGUGCUAGUAGGGAUGGUAAUACAACUUCAGACUUUCAUACUAAAUGUGAUAAUAAAGGUGCUACUAUAGUUGUAGCAAAAAUUACAAAUUCGAAUCAAAUAGUUGGAGGAUAUAAUUCACUUCAGUGGGAUUUAACUGGUAAUUGGAAGUCUACAAAAGAUUGCUUUAUAUUCUCAUUUGCAAAUAAAGAUAUCCUUCAAAGUGCAAAAGUUGGAUAUAGUAAGGGUGAUGCUUAUUCUGUAUUUGGUCGUAGUGACUUUGGUCCAUUAUUUGGUCAUGGACAUGCUUUAGGGUUUAAUCACGAUGGAUGGUAUAGGAAUCGUAGCAAUUCUUAUCCUGAUGUAGAUAUACCGGUAGGCAAAUUUGAAACGGAUGAUUAUGAAGUUUUUCAAGUUGUUAAGAAAUAA